UUCGCCGAUCGCGAUCUAUCACGUCGUACUUCGGGAUUCAAUUUGAAUAAAAAUUCCUUUAUAAAUUACAUUGCAAAUUCUUAUUCGAAUACUCAACCGAUAAUUAUCGCACCCUCGCAAUCCGAUAAAGAAGGGGUGGGUCGCGGGUGUUUUGUUUUUCCAGAGAUUUAAGCUCUUUUAGGGAUUCCCGACGUUCCUCUGAUAUUACCUUGCCGUUUCCUCCCUCUCCUCUUCUUUGUAUUCGCAAAGCAACUUGGUCCCCACCCUUCGUUAACCGGCUGCUCCCACCGCGGGGCGACUUCCACGCAAUAUACCGAUCUCGCAGCACCCACGGAGGGAAGUUGACGUGAAAAGAGGACGAAAGAUCAGUGCGACACCGGGCUCGUCCGAGAGGUGAACCCUUGCGAAUUAUCACGCACCCGCGAAACGCUGUCGCAAACCUUGUAGACGCACCGUCUAUAUAUAAUAAAAGCGCUACAGUUUUUUUUUUAUUCAUUCGUGUGAACACGUACACGUGCGUACAUUUUCACACGCGGGAAUAUAUUGAACGCCGGACUUCCCCCAUUAAUAGCGGGCUCGACUGAGAAUUUCGAAGCGGAUCCGCGUUUUUGCCAGCGUUUCCAUUCAUCCCGAAGCCGACGCCAGACGCCGAACGGAGCAGAAGGAAUCGUAUAUACAUAAAUAUAUACAACUAUACAUACAUAUUUAUAUACGUCUGUUUGUAUACUCGGAAUUAGACAGUCUUCUGAGACCGGAGCGAUCGGUACACUAAUCAAACUCAAGAAUGUCACACAAUACGAAGGGUCUCGGAGUACCGGUGCACGGCGGACGAAUACAGAGAACGCCAAUGCGCCCGAUGAUAGCGGAAUACGAGCCGAAGAAGCAGGGUGUGAAAACAGAACUCUCAGACGUGGUGCUUGUCAAAUACAAGUGCGAGAAAAAUGACGUGCCCAUUACGGUCACGAAUGGCUCGACCUUGCCGCUCGUGGAGCGACCGACCGACGAGGAGGCCGCCCUUUAUGACCCAUUCGAGCAUCGCAAACUCGCCCAUCCCACGUCGGACCUCGACACGCUCAUACAUCUACUCAAGGGGAGCCUGGGCACGGGCAUACUCGCAAUGCCGAUGGCUUUCCGUAACGCCGGACUCGCCUUCGGCCUCUUCGCUACCUUCUUCAUCGGCGCAGUCUGCACUUACUGCGUUCACAUCUUGGUAAAAUCCGCCCAUGUCCUGUGCAGGCGGUUGCAGACACCUAGUCUGGGCUUCGCUGACGUGGCCGAAGCGGCCUUCCUAGUGGGGCCCGAACCCGUUCAGAAAUACGCCAGACUUGCCAAGGCAACAAUUAAUUCGUUCUUGGUGAUCGAUCUGGUUGGUUGCUGUUGCGUGUACAUCGUCUUUAUUUCGACCAAUCUCAAGGAGGUCGUGGACUAUCAUACGGAAACAGAUAAGGAUCUGCGAGUGUACAUGGCCGCGUUGCUGCCAUUACUCAUCAUUUUCUCUCUUGUGAGGAAUCUCAAAUAUCUCGCGCCAUUCUCAAUGGUGGCAAAUGUAUUAAUCGCCACCGGUAUGGGUAUCACCUUCUAUUAUAUUUUCAACGAUCUGCCUUCUAUCAGCGACGUACCAAAUUUCUCUAGCUGGUCUCAACUGCCCCUUUUCUUCGGCACUGCCAUUUUUGCCCUCGAGGGCAUUGGUGUUGUAAUGCCCUUAGAGAAUAAUAUGAAAACACCAGCGCAUUUCGUCGGUUGUCCGGGCGUCCUCAACACUGGCAUGUUCUUCGUCGUAUUGUUAUACAGUACCGUCGGUUUCUUCGGCUUCUGGAAGUAUGGCGACAGUACAAGGGCCUCCAUUACGCUCAAUCUUCCGCAAAGUCAGGUGCUGGCACAAUCCACCAAGGUAAUGAUUGCUAUUGCGAUCUUCCUCACUUACGGACUUCAAUUCUACGUGCCCAUGGAGAUUAUUUGGAAGAACGCUAAGCAGUAUUUCGGCUCCCGGCGAUUGCUUGGCGAAUAUUCCCUCCGUAUCCUAUUGGUCAUCUUUACCGUAUGCGUGGCGAUCGCGAUCCCCAAUUUGGGUCCAUUUAUCUCCCUCGUUGGGGCUGUAUGCUUGUCCACGUUGGGUCUCAUGUUCCCGUCGGUGAUCGAAUUGGUAACCGUCUGGGAACAGGAGAACGGCCUUGGCAAAUGGAAUUGGCGGCUGUGGAAGAAUAUCGCCAUCAUUUCUUUUGGUGUGUUGGGCUUCCUCACCGGCACGUACGUCAGUAUCCAAGAGAUCUUGGAAGGCAAAUGAGGCGCUGGAUCCGGCGCGAGGAGCGGCUCACGAAGGCUGCUCGCGAAUACUGCUCGUCAUCCGACUGUUCGUCGGAUGGCGAGUACCACGAAUGACAGCGUGCUGGACGUCUCUUGCGCGGAUGACGCGAUGCUGUUAGCAGACAGGUCACCGGGUCCAAGACAGGGCUUCUCCUGGCUCCCUAUUCCCGCGUCCUUCCUGUCGGUAGCACGAUAACUGUGACAAUAAUGACGAUGACGACGACAAUGACGAAUGAUGAUAACGACGAAGAUAUUUGUAAAAGUCUUUGCGUGAUAGAACUUUCAUUUAUCAUUUUCUUAGCAGUAGUCAUUUCAAUUAGUAUUACGCGCAUCGUGCACGAUUGACGAAGCGCGAAAUGUACGGUCGAUCGGAGGAAUUCGAAAAAUGAUUUCAUACCGCGCGCAUUCGGUAACUUAUAUCAUUGUUCUCGCACAAGAAUCAUGUAGGAUCAG